AUGGAAGAUUUAGCCUCGGAAUUUCUCAGCACGGUGGAGGAAGCCGUGCUGCGCGGCGCCGUUGAUGACCGCGACGAUGAGACACUGCACGAGGCCGUCGCGGCCACCGACUCGGCCAAGAAGGGGACGAGCCUCCGCCAGAAUUUGUUCAAAGCUGCCAGCCUGCAAGACAAGCUUUUAGAAAAGCUCAUCUCCCAGAUGAUACCCGUCGACGAUGCGGCGCCCGACCAAGUCCCCGGCAUCGCAGGCGCUGACGACCACCACAUGCCCACCUUUGGCGAGCGUCCGGGCUUUACCGUGACUGCCAUGUCCAACAACUUCCGCCGCUUCAACGCACGCAUCGGCGUCAUGUUCAAGUUCCAGGCCCGCGUGCUGCGCGUCUUGUCCUGGCGCCGGCCCUCGCACACGCUGUCGCUGCUGGCCGUCUACACCUUUGUCUGCCUCGACCCCUAUCUGCUGUGCGUGCUGCCCUUGGCCAUCGCCCUCUUCGGAAUAUUCGUGCCCUCGUUUGUGGCUCGCCAUCCCGCCCCCUCCUCGGACCCCGACCGCGUCCGCAACCUGGGCUACUCGCCGCGCGGCCCCCCGCUAGCCCCCGCCCGCACCGUCAAACCCGCAAAGGAGCUCUCUCGCGACUUCUUCCACAACCUCGGCGAGCUGCAGAACACCAUGGACGACUUCAGCGUCGCACACGACAAGAUUGUGGCCCUGGUGGUGCCCACGACCAACUUCUCAGACGAGGCUCUGUCAUCGGCUAUCUUCGUCCUGCUCUUCGCCGCCUGCGUCUUCAUGAUGCUCGCUGCCCACCUCCUGCCGUGGCGUCUGCUUGCCCUGGCCGGCGGCUGGGCUGCCAUCUGGUCUUUCCAUCCGAGCGUGGCACGUCUGAUCCACCAGGCGAAGCGCCACUAUAUGCUACCCGGGGACGGAAAGCCCGGCGACGGCGGCAAGACCGGCAAGCCCGACAUCACCAAGCCCAUAAACAAGAAUGUAGAGGGCAUAUUUGACGACUGGGUCCGCUCCGACAUCAUCCUGGACGAGGCGCCCGAGACGCGCGAGGUCGAGAUCUUUGAGCUCCAGCGCGUCGACAGUUCGAGCGGCGAAUGGGAGCCCUGGAUGUUCAGCCCAUCGCCCUACGACCCGCUCUCGGCCCCGCGCAUAGCCGGCGAGCGCCCGCGCGGCACCCGCUUCUUCGAGGACGUGCUGGCCCCCGACGGCUGGGAGUGGAGCGAGAAGAAAUGGGCCCUCGACCUGUGGAGUCGCGAGUGGGUCGAGGAGCGCAUCAUCACGGGCGUCGAGGUCGAGACGGAGGGCGAGCGCUGGGUCUACGACAUCUACAGCGAGAGCGACGCCGCCGCCACCGCCGGCAUGAUCAGCGUCGUCGUCGACGCCCAGUCGCCGCCCGUCCGGAAUCCGAACGGCCACGGAGGAGCCGCCGCCGCCAGCCAUCAUCACCUGCCGAACGUGAGCUGGGAGGAGGGCGAGGAGGGCAUGGGCAGGCGCGGCGAGUGGAGGAGGCGCCGCUGGGUGCGCAUGGUGAAGCGUAAGAAUGUGAGCUGA